AUGGAUGACAAUAUUUCUUCUAAUAACCAAAAUGGUACUGGAACAAAAGAAAUACCAGAUAAACAGGUUAAUCUUAGUGAAAGGACUUUAGCUUGGUUAAAUGCUGACCAAGGUCCUUCUGAGAAUGACGACAUUCCGAUUUGGCAAAAGUCUAUGUUGAACUAUUUUUAUUCGAUGCUUGGAGAAGAUUCACCUCCAAGUCCAGUUACUCGUUCUCGUUCUCGUCGAGUUGAAGAACCUGAAAGUCCCUCGGAAACUCAGUUAUCGGCUCCUUACAUUGAAGAACAGCGUCCUGAACAUCCUGACUAUAUAAAACGUAUCCCUUCUCAAACAGAGUUAGACGAAUCUCCAGAAACAACUGAGAUAGAAGAAUCUACACGAAAAAGAAAUUUGAGAAAACGUUUUCAUCAUGUUAUUAAUAUGGCAACCGUCAACUUAAGAUUUUCAAAGGGUGAUGGUAGACAAUUACAUGAAGUUGGUGAAGGUCGGAGUAAUCUUACUACAUCUUUAACUGUUGUACCAUUUUUAUGGUUAAGGAGAGAUCAUAAAGGGCGACUUUCUCAUGUGUUACAAUUUCAUGAGCAUAUUGAAAUCAAAAAUAGUUCGCGCCGAAUUGAAAUUAAAACUGAUUCAUAUGUUUUAAAGGACUUUAUGAAUAGUAUUGAAACUAUUCAAAAUGCUUCUCCAUGGGUUAAACAACAUCAACACGAUUCAUUUGCUCCCAUUAGAGAGAAUGCAAAGGUUAAAUGGUAUGUCGAUGGCAAAGAUUAUUUCUUUGCUGUGUCACAGGCUUUAUUGGCUGCAAAAUCGGAGAUAUAUAUUGAAGAUUGGUGGCUGUCUCCUGAAUUGUAUCUUCGCCGACCGCCUUCUGAAAACGAAGAAUUCCGGCUAGAUAGAUUAUUAACAAAGAAGGCUGAAGAAGGCGUGAUGAUUUACAUUAUUGUAUAUAAAGAAGUUACUGUUGCUCUACCUUUGGAUUCUCAUCAUACCAAAUUUUACCUUCAGGGUCGUAUAGCAUUUAUUGGUGGUUUAGAUUUAUGUUUUGGACGUUACGAUACUCAUUCUCAUGAGCUAUCCGACUGGCCUCAAAAUACGAAAGGCCCAACAAUAUGGCCCGGUCAAGAUUAUUCAAAUCCAAGAAUAAAAGAUUUUCAAAAUGGUAAGGUCGUUGAGUAUCAGAAUGAAAUAGUCGAUAAAUCCCGUUACCCACGUAUGCCUUGGCACGAUGUUUCCGUCGGUACACCAGCUCGUGACGUUGCCCGGCAUUUUGUUCAAAGAUGGAAUUUCAUUAAAGAUAAAAAAUCGUUUGAACGCGAAUCAUUACCAUUUUUGUUGCCGAAGGGUGAAUAUGUCAGCACCCGUGAUGAAUCCAGGUUCAAGGGAACUUGUGAUGUUCAAAUUUUACGUAGUAGUGCAGCCUGGAGUGGUAAAUCUAUAUUAGAACAAAUAAAACGAGCUGGUAUAGAGCCGGAAAACUACAUAUCAUUUUUCGCAUUGCGCGGCUAUGACAAAAUCAAACAUAAGGAGCACGAUCUUAGUGUACCUAAUGGUUUUAUUAAAGAUAAGCAGAAUGAAAUGUUAGAUGAAUCGCAGCCAUCACAUCAUGAUGAUAUUAGUACAGAUUCAUACUCUGAUGAACAAACGAAGUCUUCUUUAAAAGGAAUCGGAGGCGAGCCAGGCAUACCCGCUGGCAUGAUAGAUACAGAUCCAAAGCAUUCUUAUAUUACAGAAGAAAUAUAUAUUCAUAGCAAGUUGAUGAUUGUUGAUGAUAAAUAUGUUAUUAUUGGUUCAGGCCAUCGUGAUUCGGAAAUAGCAAUUCUUGUUGAAGAUAAGCAAACGGUUCCAACACGCAUGAAUGGACAAGAGGCAUCAAAAUUUGCAUAUACACUACGCAGCAAUCUUUUCAAAGAAUUUUUGGGUCGUAUUAAACCUCAAGAUCAUGCAGCAGUUACCGAAAGCAGUUUAGCACCUAUUCAACCUGACGUAUUAAAGGAAUUAUUGCAUGAUAGGGAUGCUUCAUCCACAUCAAUUUUGGAUGAACUAAUGACCAAUUCAGAGCCUAAUCAUCCUACGAAAGAAGACUUAAUUGUUAUGGAUCCGUUGUCCGAUGAAUUUUACAAUUAUUGGCAAAACAUUGCACGAAAUAAUACUGCUAUUUAUAGAUCAGUUUUUAAAUGCAUCCCCGAUGAUAAUGUCACUAAUUGGAGCGAAUAUGAAAAUUUUGUACCAAAUCCAACAAUCGUUGAUAAAGGACAUGUAGCAAUUUCAAACAACUAUGAUGUAAAAAAAUUGGACAAUAUUCGAGGACAUUUAGUUACAUUCCCUCUUCAUUUCUUAGAGUCAGAAAACUUAAUGACAA